CGACACCGCUUCCGGUUGGUCAGGACACGUCAUUAAUUCAACUGAGGAAGAGGAGCAGUGCAAAUCUUAAUAACAUAGAUAUACAUUGUAAGCGAAGAAUCAUGUCCAACUCAGUCAUUUCUGUUAUUUCUCGCUUUCUGGAGGAGUACAGCACCACGACGCCCACCAAGCUGAAGGUGGUGGACGCGUAUCUGCUGUACAUCUUGUUAACAGGAGCGUUGCAGUUCCUGUACUGUCUCCUCGUUGGAACCUUCCCAUUCAACAGCUUUUUGUCAGGCUUCAUCUCGUGUGUGGGUUCUUUCAUUCUCGCAGACCACACGAGAAGUCAUCAACCACCGGUAAAAAUCCUGGAACCUACAAUGUUUUUUUUUUUUUUUUUUUUUUCCGGACCUGGACAACAAAUUCCCAGCAUCAAGCGUGAACAAGAUGCAUUGUUUUACAUUUGAUGCAGAACCGUUUUCUUACUGAUGACAUGAUGCUUUUUUAUGUAAACAUUUGUAAAGCAUUCCCUCUUUGCACUGACAGAAAUAAAACAUCUGUAACAGUG